CUCUGAGGAGGGAGGGGUGGGAAGGAGCUGGUGCCUGGCGGGAGGGAGGGGGUGGAGGCGACCAUGGACGACCAGGGCUGCCCGCGGUGCAAGACCACCAAGUACCGGAACCCUUCCCUGAAGCUGAUGGUGAAUGUCUGCGGGCACACGCUAUGCGAGAGUUGUGUGGAGCUGCUGUUCGUCCGGGGGGCUGGAAACUGUCAGGAGUGUGAUACGCCGUUGCGGAAGAGCAACUUCAGAGUGCAGCUCUUUGAAGACCCUGCCAUUGACAAGGAGGUGGAAAUUCGCAAGAAAGUAUUGAAAGUAUACAAUAAAAGAGAAGAUGACUUUCCCAGUCUAACGGAAUAUAAUGAUUUCCUGGAAGAAGUAGAAGAAAUUGUGUUUAACUUGACAAACAAUGUGGAUUUGGAGAACACCAAAAAGAAAAUGGAUAUGUACCAGAAGGAUAACAAAGAAGUCAUUCAGAAAAACAAGAUAAAACUGACUCGGGAGCAAGAGGAGCUGGAGGAAGCUUUAGAGGUGGAACGACAGGAAAAUGAGCAAAGGCGACUGUUCAUACAGAAAGAGGAACAAAUGCAACAGAUUAUAAAAAGGAAGAAUAAACAGGCACUUUUGGAUGAACUGGAAAGUUCCCAUCUGCCAGCCUCCCUGCUCUUAGCUCAACAUAAAGACAGAUCUACGCAGCUAGAAAUGCAGCUGGAAAAACCCAGACCAGUCAAACCAGUCACAUUUUCCACUGGCAUCAAAAUGAGUCAGCAUAUUUCAUUAGCGCCCAUCCAAAAACUGGAGGAAGCAUUGUAUGAGUAUCAGCCACUGCAAGUCGAGACCUAUGGACCACAAGUUCCAGAAACUGAACUUCUAAGAAGGGGAGGAUAUCUAAACCAUGUCCGAGCUACCUCUCCACAGGAUCUUGCUGGGGGCUACACUUCCUCCCUUGCUUGUCACCGAGCCCUACAGGAUGCUUUCAGUGGGCUUUUCUGGCAUCCCAGCUAGCCUGCAUACCCCGGCCUGUGAGCAGUGGGCACUGGACUGGAGCAACUCAAGCAAACCUCCAGUGAAACUGCUGCCAUCUGCACUAUCCUUAACCUGCUGUCACCUUUUUCAUAUAUAUAUAAAAUACUUGGGCACAGCUGGCUUUACUAAAGUUUUUUUUUUUUUAAGUCUGCACAAGAGCUUUGUAAAGUGGUGGAUACAUUUUUGUGGAGAGGGAACUCUUUAGUCAUGUGGCACUUUGCUGAGAGGGGCUGAAGCAAUAAGCCACAUCUAAUGGAAGAUGUGAAUAAUUCAGCUAUGGAUGUUUGAGGUUUAAAAAAGAGACUUGUAAAUUUUUUAAAAUAAAACCAGACUUUUUAUUAAAUUUUGUGGUUU